GGUGGCUCGUGCUGGAAUUGCUUUCAUUGGUCGCGGGAGGGCGCUAACAAAGCUGUGUGAUAGCUUGAGAAAAGAAAAGGCCAAACGCUGGGGAAACAAUUCAAGUAGCCAUUCUCCAAAUACACCUAAACAUUAGUGAAUCAAAUGUCGAUAUUUUUAUCAAGUGAUGGCAGAAGAACAGUGUUCACAAAUCGAAGCUGGUGAGUGUUGUGUCUAGCUAUUUCUCUAUUAAAAUAUGAACGCAAACACAGUUUAGGGCUUGAGUCAGUUAGCCUAGCUAGCUAGUAGUUAGCUAGCUAGCUUAACAAGCUAUUGACUGGCUUAAUAAUGCGCCUCUCUAUUUUCAGAAUUGUAUUACCUCAUUGCCAGAUUUCUCCAGUCCGGACCGUGUAAAAAAUCGGCACAGGUAGGAAUGACAAGUUAUAUCGAUAACUUUAAUAGCUACAAUUGCUAUCUAGCUAUCUAAAUAUGUCUGAAUGUGUGCUAAAGACUAGCAACUCUCUCCAUAGAUCCUGGUUGAGGAACUGGAAGAGUAUGAGGUAAGCUGCGCCCGCUCUCGUCUAUAUUAGCUUGUUCUCACGUCUCGUUUCCGCGAUAUUGGGCGCUUUCUAUUUGUAUUGGUAUGGUGUACUUUGUUAUUGAUAGAGGCAUGAACAAUACGGCAAAUACAUUAUUGUAUUUAUUGAGUUUUGAUGCAUUUAUCUAACCGCAUGUCUUCCGUUUAGUUGAUCCCGAAACGAUGGAGUUGGGACGGCAAACAAUACAAACGAAACUUCCAAGACUGGGUUAGUUAUUAUAAUAAGUUCAUAACCGGCUAUCCAAUUCUGUAACUUUUGUUUUCGAGAAUACAUUUGUAUAUCAAUAUUUUGCCGGCUUUCAAAUGUUUUGGUUCAGUUGAUGGAUGAUGGUUUAAAAAUAACUAACUGUGCGUUUGAGUAAUAGCCGGCAUUUAAUUACUUAAAAUUAAUAUAUUUGGUCAGGAAUUAUAGCCGUGUUGUGUGUCUGCAAAGAGGAGGGGUAAACAGAAUGAGGCUAUACAAAGGCUUGGGAAACGUCAAUCUUCACAGACAGCCAAUGAAAUAGCAGUUAAGGCGUCCGCAUGCUUCCCAUCAGUUCGUGCAUAUAUUAUGACGUCGUUUUGGUAUCCGCAAGGGUUUUUUCGGUAGUUUGUACACAGUACAUAUUUUUUCUCGAGGCAAGCGGAAUGGUGCUUUCAGGACAACUGGGAAUUUGGAAAAACUAGGUAACAUCAUGACGUCAGUGAUCUUCAGGUCGGAAAGUCGGAACUCUAGAAAGAGGCCCUAUUUCCCGACUUGGAAUUCCGAUUUGGAUGACCGUUCAAAGCGAUUUUUCCCAGUUGGAGCUCGUUUUUUUCCGAUUACCCAGUUGUUUUGAAUGCUGCGUUCAGAACCUCCCCGUUUUUUUGAACGCAGCAGAAGUUCGGUCGCCGAAGUCUAGGACCCUUUGUCAGAGAUUGGUCAACAGUGGGGAUUAUUCAAUGAAGUGUGUGUCAUUGAGUGAGAACUCGUUUUCAUGCACGUUUUUAACUUGAGAAAUACUGCACCAAACAUCUUAGUUAGAUGUAAAAUUGCGCAACUAAGAUCUCUGCAAAAACGUAAAAAUUAAUGACAGAUUUCUUGAGUUAUUUUAGAUUAAUUAGGUCUAUAUAGUGGCUAAGGCGUCUCAUGAUACACAAACCGCACCAUUCCCGCUUUGUUGUAGUUUUUAAAUAUUUUAAGGGAGUAUGCGAGGCACCGACGUUCACUUAGCCUAGCCGAGUUCUGCUAGGUGAAAACCGACCCUAGAAUGCAGAGCCUUUACUAUUUGAGCCAGCUGGGAGAACGAAGGUGAUUCAGAUUGGCCUUGGCUGUCGAGAUGGCUAACUGCAGUGUGUGUGUACUACAUUAAAGAGAAUCCACCCCAAACCACUCAUUCCUAUGAUUAACAGUGUUAAAUAACAUUGUGGGGGGAAAAAAAUGUGAACAUGUUUAAUUUGGUCAUUAUAACAAGGUUGGUAGCAACAUUUGAAAAUCGUUGUGGAAAUCAGUUAAAAUCAAUUUGUCACAUGCUUAGUAAACAACAGGUGUAGACUAACUGCUUACUUAUGGGCCAUUCCCAACAAUUCAGAGAGAAAUAAUAACACAAGGAAUAAAUGCACUGUUUAACAGUGCGUGGCUUGUUAUAGAGGGCACAUUUAAUCUAAUCUAAGAACUACUGCAUUUUUUGUUUAAGUCUGAAUUGGAGUAGCAUUUGUGCUCACAAGCCACUUUCUCCCCUGCCCAGUGUCUGUUUUGGGGGGAGAACAUAAAAUCUAACUAAAGAUGCAUUUUGCCUUAUGUCCUCUAGGUUGUGAAUGUAAGGCAUUUCAAGUAUCAAAGUGUCUAGGAAUACGGUUACAUAUUCCCUAAUGAUGUUGCUUUGAUUACGUUUUACUACUGAUUCCUCUCACACAGUCUAUAUGAUGACUGUUUUCCCUGAUGUGUCCACAGGUGAUCUUGAACCAGCACAUCCCUGCAGACUACCUGCUGAGAGUAUGCCAGCAGAUAGGUCCUCUCAUAGACAAAGAGGCCCCACCUAGCGUCCCUGGGGUCCAGACCCUCCUGGGCUUGGGAAGGCAGUCUUUGCUUCGCACAGCUAAAAGUGAGCCCCCCCCCCCACCUCUGUUUACUGUUUCUUUCUCUAUUUCUUUCUCUUGCCAUCAAAGACCAAACUAACUAAUGUCAUAAUCACUACAUAGGUACUUGAUUACACAGAUACAGAAUACAUGUCCCAGACUCCUAGGUCAUACAGUCUGUAAUGCUUUAGAACCAUGUCUUCUCUUAGGUUGUAGCCACACAGAAUGGAGUGGAACUGCUGUUGCUGCGCUCCACCGGGGUCGCCCCCCAGAACCACCAGUCAGCUUUGGGAAGCCCCCCAGCAUCGGUAAGCUGUGCUGUUUAAAAAACAAACAUAUUCCUGAAACCUGUAAACGAUUGGUAACACUACAGAGCAAUACAUAUUUCAUAGUAAAUUCCUUUACCUCUGCCCAACUGACCUCUACUCUCUCGCUGUCUAGUGUCCAUCAUGGGUGCUCGCCAGGCUACUGGCACUGCCCGCUUCGGCCAUGCCCUGCCGUCCUACACCUACCAGCAUAUGAAGAUGCACAGGCGCAUCCUGGGCCACCUGUCCUCUGUGUACUGUGUGGCCUUCGACCGCAGUGGCAGACGGAUAUUUACGGUAAGAGUCUGACAAAAGAGGAGAGAAGAUAUACCAAAGACAGUUGUUGUCAGUUCCCUCUGAAGUGUCAGUCUCUAUACCGCCAGUGUCUAAUCAUGACCCCUCUCCUUCCAGGGUUCUGAUGACUGUCUGGUGAAGAUCUGGUCCACAGAUGACGGCCGGCUGCUGUCCACCUUGCGUGGCCACGCAGCCGAGAUCUCCGACAUGGCGGUAAACUACGAGAACACGCUCAUAGCCUCGGCCAGCUGUGACAAGGUCAUCAGAGUGUGGUGCCUGCGCACCUGCGCCCCCAUCACUGUGCUGCAGGGCCAUGCAGCCUCCAUCACCUCCAUACAGGUCAGAACAGCCCACAUAACUAAGUAAUAGGAACCUAGCUAGUUAUACCCUUCAUUAUUAAUUCAUUUACCUUCUGUGAUGUAAAAUAUCUUGCAUGAAACCUGUUGGUUUUUUUAGUGCAAUUUUGUGACCCUUUCGAUUUGAGAAAUAUCAGUGUGUUUGACACCCCCUGUCCUCCUCAGUUUUGUCCGGCGGUAAAAGGACCGAUGCGGUACCUGGCCUCCACUGGCGCAGACGGCAUGGUGUGUUUCUGGCAAUGGCACUCGCUCAGCAUGAAGUUCGUGUAAGUGUUGGACCACAAAGCAGAGUUUGUCUGAGGCAUCCAGGGAGGGAUGAGAAGGUGUUGGUGUCUUUAUUUUCAACAGAUCUGUUUUUUUGUGGUCUAGGUGACCCUAACCUGUGUUGUCUUCUGUUUCCUCCUCAGUGACCGGCCAGUCAAGUUCAUUGAGCGGUCAAGGCCUGGAGUCCAGAUCUCCACCUCCUCCUUCAGCUGUGGUAGGUGGCCCCUUAUAAACAACAUGCUUUACAUUACAUUCAUUCCUCUUCACAUUUUCACUGAAUUAUGGAGUUAUUUGCUCAAUUCAAAUGACUAUUUGAACAACGUGAUUGAAGGUAAAGUUUUCACAAAGCCACAGAACUACAUCUGUUUGUUAGUUUAAUGUACUUACCUGUUGCUCUGUCGCUCUUUGAUUUAGGUGGGAUGUUCCUGGCCACGGGCGGCACUGAUCAUGUGAUCAGGGUGUAUUACCUCGGCUCUGAAACACCCAUGAAGCUGUCUGAGUUGGAUGCUCACAUGGUAAGACACAGCAAAGAAGAACAGAUCAAGAGAGAAGAAGAGAGAGGAGACAGAAUAAUCAAUGGAACUAGAUCACAGCACUUGUACUGUUCAGUUUGUUUCUUACUACUCCUUUUAACUCUUACCUCUCUUCUUCCAGGACAAAGUUGUGGUAGUCCAGUUUUGUAACAACAAUAACAGGUUAGUGUGUACUCUUGUCUCUUUAAUUAGAUACAACUAUUUUGAUUUGUUGCUGUGUGGGCUCUAACUGCUGUGUCUGUCCCCAGCCUGAGGUUUGUGAGUGGCAGUCGGGACGGCACGGCCAGGAUAUGGCAUUACCAGCAGCAGGAGUGGAAGAGCAUUACUCUGGACAUAGCCACCAGACUGCCAGGGUAAGGCAAUACUGUCUAGAAUUGUCUGUGCAGAAGCAAAUGGGUGUAUGGGUUUAUGUUUGUCUCAUUAGUAAGUGUGCUUAACGUAUGACUGUGUCACAGGAGUGCUGUUGUGAAUGGCGAGGACAAGACCAAGCUGGUGCCGACGAUGGUGGCCUGGGACCGCGGUGACCGCACGGUCGUCACAGCGGUCUCUAACUACCUGCUGAAAGUGUGGAGCUCCACCACGGGCCAGCUACUACAUGUACUGUCUGUGAGUACAUGUCUGUCUCCUCCACAAACAGCUGGAGACCUCUGGCUCUGUAGAAAGGCAUAAAGCCGUCUGUGGAAUUGAAACAUUAGAUAUCUCUGUAGUGUGUCUGGUCUCUUCAGUGAGUGUGACCUGUUGGGACUGAAUGUGUUGUGUUCCUCCUCCAGGGUCAUGAUGAUGAGGUGUUUGUCCUGGAGGCCCACCCCUUUGACCACCGCAUCAUGCUCUCUGCUGGCCACGACGGCAACAUCUACAUGUGGGACCUAGCCAAUGGAGCCAAGAUCCGCAACUUCUUCAACAUGGUGAGAGACUGACGGCUGUUCCAGUUAGCAAAGGAUCUUCAUAUGUGUCCUACAUGGUGACUGUGUUUGUGGCAUACCAGUUUUUUUCACCCUGGCCGACAUUCACACAAGCCUUCCUCUGUCUCAGAUUGAGGGCCAAGGCCAUGGAGCGGCGUUUGACUGUAAGUUCUCAGCUGAUGGACAGCACUUUGCUUGCACUGACUCCCAUGGCCACCUGCUCAUCUUUGGCUUCGGCUGCAGCAGACCCUAUGAGAAGGUGAGUGUCUGGCCUUUACACAUGGCUCAUUUGGAUAAAGAUAUGUUAGUUCCAUGUUAUCUUAUUGCUUGUAAAGAGAAUAACAAAUCCCCUCUUUCCUCCAUUUCCCCCCUCCAGAUUCCUGACCAGAUGUUCUUCCACACUGACUUCCGGCCGCUGAUCCGGGACGCCAAUAACUUUGUCCUGGACGAGCAGACCCAGCAGGCGCCCCACCUCAUGCCCCCUCCCUUCCUGGUGGACGUGGAUGGCAACCCCCACCCCACACACUACCAGCGCCUGGUGCCCGGCAGGGAGAGCUGCAAGGAGGAGCAUCUGGUGCCCCAGCUGGGCUACAUGGCCAACGGUAAACCUCCUUACCAACGCUUUCAACAAUGUUUCUUUACCUGGCUCUGAAAUCAAAAUGUUGGGAAUUGUAACUUCUCUGUUGCUUAGGUGAUGGUGAGGUGGUGGAGCAGGUGAUUGGCCAGCAAACGGCAGAUGAGGGUCAGGGAGAAAGCCCAUUGGAUGUCCUGAUCAGACAGUUGCAAAACCAGCCAGAUGAGAGGCAGGACCAAGAGGGAGAGCCUGAAGGAGAGGGGGGUACGUUCCACAGUCUCAUAUAACCAUAUUUACAUACCAGGAUGACCCUCAUACAGUAUGUGCAUAUUGGAUUUCAGAUGUUGUAGUCAUGAAUGAAAUAUGUAUGUGUAACUCUGUUUUUCCUCAUUUGCAGCUGGUGAGGGAGCAGAGGAUGUGGGAUCGGCCCCUAACGUGGGCCUGAGGAGGAGUGGUCAGGUGGAGGGGGUGCGUCAGAUGCACCACAACGCCCCUCGCAGUCAGAUGGCCACGGAGAGGGACCUGCUGGCCUGGAGCAGGAGGGUUGUGGUCAACGAGGUCCAGCGAGGGGUCCUCAAGUGAGACUGACUGACUAACUGACCAGACAGAACCUACCUUAGAUGGCCUCGAACAUUAUGUUCUAACCAGUCCUGCCCAUCUUCUUAAUUUUGGGCCUUGGACCAUUUGUAAGAUUGGUGCCUAGGUAGAUAUCUCCCAGUGGCUGACUGAAGCUGUGUGUGUUUGUGUUGUGUAGGGUGAUGGAGGAGACCAGGCGGGCCAAAGGUGAGGUGGAGUGUUCCAUCUACAACACAGAGAGGAGGAGGAAACCUGUACAUAGUUCUCCUAAGGUGAUUCACUACACUACUGUCCCACAGCUCUCUUAUUUCUUUCAGGACAAAUGUGUCCCCCUUUGUUGAAUUCUACCAAUUGCUUUCUCUUCUAUCAACGACUUCUCCCCCCUCCCCCCUGUAGACUGAGCAGCAGGCUCCAUGCAAGCGCUCCCUGCGGCGGACCCAGAGGAAGAAGAAGCAGACCAGACCUCCACCAGCGUACCAGACCCGCUCAGCAGGAGAACGUCGCCCUGUGGACAGGGGGAGGAUCUCUGACAGCCAUAUGGACUCAGACAGCGAUGGAGAGGUGGGGGUGGUUGUAGUCUGUUCUUGAAGUAGCAGAGGACUCUGUGUUGUCAUGUCAGAGGAGGUCUAAUCAUGUUUCCGUGUGUUUACAGGCAGAGGAGCAGGCAGAAGCCAGCGAUGCUUCCUCUGAUGGGGAAGCACAGUGGCAGAAUGACAGCAGUUCCAGGUAAAUGUCUGCCAUCUCCUAAAAAGUCAGUAUACUGCAGGAACAUGGGUAUCCAUUCAUUACACUACCUUAUGUCUGUGAUUACAAAAUACACAUUUUGAUACCACUUUUCUCCCCCUCAGUGUCUCCUCCAGUGACUACUCUGAUUGGACAGCUGAUGCAGGGAUCAACCUCCAGCCCCCCAAGCGAACCAGCAGAAGGCAGGUCCGACCGCCCGGUGGCUCCAGCAGUUCAGAGGAGGCUGAGGGCCAAGGAGAGGAGGCCGGAAGGAAGCAGGCAGAGGAGAAGAAGAAGCCCAAGCAGACCAAACAGAAGGUGAGCUCACAGAACGUACAGUAGAGACAUGGGCAUUGGGCAGGGAAUGGCACAGCCAACUUGCUGCUUGGAAAUGGCAUAUUAUUAUUCACUUUGUCUAUUUUCUCAGUUACUGGCUAUACAGAGUGCAGUGCCUUUGACUUGUUUAUGUGCUGAGGUCUCGUGACUGAGGGCAAGUUCCCUUACUUAAGAGUGUGUGUGUGUGUGUGUGUUAUUUCAGACUGUUUAACCGCCUGUCUCUGUGCUCAGAAACCUAGCUCAUCUCUGUCUCUGGCUGGGUGUGAUGCGGAGGAAUGGCUUCCCCCCUCCUGGAUCAUGGAGACCAUCCCCCGCCGCUCUCCUUUUGUGCCACAGAUGGGUGACGAGGUAAGGAACCAUACUGCCUUAUGGGCCAUAGGAGGUCCAGCGAAUAUCUUCACAAUUUGACAUUUCGAGACCUUGGAACUAUAAGGUUCAAUCAGCAAAAAGAUGAUUCUGUGAUAAUUGGCUUAAAAGUUCCAAACCCUCAUUGCUUUGAAUGGUGUCAGCAAUUAUUUUCUUGUAUUCUUUUGAACUUAACAACAUGAAUUGAGGUAUUUAGAGUACUAUAUAGGUAGAGAACAUUGAACAGGACAAGGCUAUGUCAAUAACUGAAUUUUGACAAAAAUGCUGAUAGAACCUUAUAGUCCCAAGCUCUCGAGUUGAGCUAAAUCUGUACCUCAUUUAUUACAAUAGUGCAUGGUUUGCGUCAUAGUUAAUAGACAUGUGGCCUGUGUGAUGACCCUCCCCACCUGUUCCUCUUCAGCUGAUGUACUUCAGGCAGGGCCACCAGGCCUACGUCAGGGCUGUACACAGGGCCAAGGCCUACAGCAUCAAUCCUCAGAAACAGCCCUGGAACAAGCUCAACCUCAGGGUAAGACUAACUCUCAACACUUACUCACACUGCUUCCUUUGUCUACCACAUAUUUGUAUUUGAUGUAUUACAUAUCCUUUGUGAGGCCCCUCUCUCUUAUUUCAAUAUAUAUUAUAUAUAUAUAUAUAUAUAUAUAUAUAUAUAUAUAUAUAUAUAUAUAUAUAUAUAUAUAUAUAUAUAUAUUUUGUCUGUUUUCUCGUCAUUCAGGACCAGGAGUCUGUGAAGGUGGUUGGCAUUAAGUAUGAGGUGGGCCCUCCCACCCUCUGUUGCCUAAAACUGGCAUUCCUGCACCCCGUCUCAGGCAAAAUGACCAAUGAGUCAUUCUCCUUAAAGUGAGUCAUCCAUCUUAUUCUCUUGUUUGGAAAAGAAUAUGGUAAUAACCAGCAAUAAAUGGCAAUGAAUGACAUGUCCUUGCUCUCUCAGGUACCAUGACAUGCCGGAUGUCAUUGAUUUCCUGGUGCUCCAGCAGUUCUAUGACGAAGCUAAAGAGCACAACUGGCAGACUGGUUAGUGUUGCUUCACUCUAACAGGCUUAUGUACAUGGUGGUUAGAGGCUGGCAGAGGAUUGGUCCAGCUCCCUGGCCUACAUGUGUUUCUCCUCCUCUCUACUUUGUGCCAUAUAAGCAGUGUGGUGCGCUCUCCCACAUAUGUUUGUGUUCUGUGGGAUGUAGCUUUACAGUUCAUGCUCCCAUACAUCAGUGCUCUGUAAGUGUGAUUCACGGACCAGCUGUUGUCAUCUACUGAAACAAGCAUGUUUUAUCCCGGUUAGGUGUGCGCUUCCGGAGCAUCAUCGAUGACGCCUGGUGGUUUGGCUCGGUGGAGGACCAACAGCCACUCCAGCCAGAGUACCCAGACAGCCUGUUCCAGUGCUACGCUGUCAAGUGAGUCAAUGUGUACCCCGCACUCAAUAGGUUGGUUAAACACGUCUGAUACUGUAGACUUAAGCUUACAGUCUAGAGUGGUACAUCAGUGUGACCCUCAAUAGCUCAUACUGUAGCUGACACCCAAUAGGAAUGUAUAAAAUAUAAGUGUCUUAUGAUACUGAAUGCUGAGGUGUGAUUUCUCUUGACUAGGUGGGAUAAUAGUGAGAGGGAGAAGAUGAGCCCUUGGGACAUGGAGCCAAUUCCUGAUGAAGGUUAGUAUCACUGCUUCUAUCAGUGGCUCUUCACCCAUCUCAGGUCAUCUACUGGAAUAAUGCAGUUAGUUUUCAGUCCGAGUACACAUUGAAGUGUCUUCCUCGCUAGCACACUCAACAUAACACAUGCAGUCUCUGUAUUUUUAUUUUUUAUUUUAUUUAACCUUUAUUUAACCAGGUAAGCCAGUUACAACUGCGACCUGGCCAAGAUAAAGCAAAGCAGUGCGAUUAAAAACAACAACACCACAGAGUUACAUAUGGAAUAGACAAAAACAAAACGUACAGUCAAUAACACAAUAGAAAAUCUAUAUACAGUGUGUGCAAAUGUAGUAAGUUAUGGAGGAAAGGCAAUAAAUAGGCCAUAGUGCAAAAUAAUUACAAUUUAGUAUUAACACUGGAGUGAUAGAUGUGCAGAAGAUGAUGUGCAAAUAGAGAUACUGGGGUGCAAAUAAGCAAAAUAAAUAACAAUAUGGGGAUGAGGUAGUUGGGUGGGCUAAUUACAGAUGGGCUGUGUACAGGUGCAGUGAUCGGUAAGCUGCUCUGACAACUGAUGCUUAAAGUUAGUGAGGGAGAUAAGAGUCUCCAGCUUCAGAGAUUUUUGCAGUUCGUUCUAGUCAUUUGCAGCAGAGAACUGGAAGGAAUGGCGGCCAAAGGAGGUGUUGGCUUUGGGGAUGACCAGUGAGCUAUACCUGCUGGAACGCAUACUACGGGUGGGUGUUGUUGCUAUGGUGACCAAUGAGCUAAGAUAAGGCAGGGAUUUGCCUAGAAGUGAUUUAUAGAUGACCUGGAGCCAGUGGGUUUGGCGACGAAUAUGUAGUGAGGGCCAGCCAACGAGAGCGUACAGGUCACAAUGGUGGGUAGUAUAUGGGGCUUUGGUGACAAAACGGAUGGCACUGUGAUAGACUACAUCCAAUUUGCUGAGUAGAGUGUUGGAAGUUAUUUUGUAAAUGACAUCGCCGAAGUCAAGGAUCGGUAGGAUAGUCAGUUUUACGAGGGCAUGUUUAGCAGCAUGAGUGAAGGAGGCUUUGUUGCGAAAUAGGAAGCCGAUUCUAGAUUUAACUUUGGAUUGGGGAUGCUUAAUGUGAGUCUGGAAGGAGAGUUUACGGUCUAACCAGACACCUAGGUAUUAGUAGUUGUCCACAUAUUCUAAAUCAGACCCGCCAAGAGUAGUGAUUCUAGUCGGGCGGGCGGGUGCAAGCAGCGUUCGAUUGAAGAGCAUGCAUUUAGUUUUACUAGUGUUUAAGAGCAGUUGGAGGCCACGGAAGGAGUGUUGUAUGGCAUUGAAGCUCGUUUGGAGGUUUAUUAACACAGUGUCCAAUGAAGGGCCAGAUGUAUACAAAAUGGUUUAGUCUGCGUAGAGGUGGAUCUGAGAGUCACCAGCAGCAAGAGCGACGUCAUUGAUAUACACAGAGAAUAGAGUCGGCCCGAGAAUUGAACCCUGUGGCACCCCCAUAGAGACUGCCAGAGGUCCACACAACAGGCCCUCCGAUUUGACACAUUGAACUCUAUCUGAGAAGUAGUUGGUGAACCAGGCGAGGCAGUCAUUUGAGAAACCAAGGCUAUUUAGUCUGCCAAUAAGAAUGCGAUGAUUGACAGAGUCAAAAGCCUUGGCCAGGUCGAUGAAAACUGCUGCACAGUACUGUCUUUUAUCGAUCGCGGUUAUAAUAUCGUUUAGGACCUUGAGCGGGGCUGAGGUGCACCCAUGACCAGCUGGGAAACCAGAUUGCAUAGCGGAGAAGGUACGGUGGGAUUCGAAAUGGUCGGUGAUAUGUUUGUUAAGUAGGCUUUCAAAUACUUUCGAAAGGCAGGGCAGGAUGGAUAUAGGUCUGUAACAGUUUGGAUCUAGAGUGUCACCCCCUUUGAAGAGGGGGAUGACCGCGGCAGCUUUCCAAUCUCUGGGGAUCUCAGACGAUACGAAAGAGGUUGAACAGGCUAGUAGUAGGGGUUGCGGCUAAUUUUAGAAAGAAAGGGUCCAGAUUGUCUAGCCCAGCUGAUUUGUAGGGGUCCAGAUUUUGCAGCUCUUUCAGGACAUCAGCUAUCUGAAUUUGGGUGAAGGAGAAGCGGGGGGGGGCACGGGCAAGUUGCAGCGGAGGGUGCAGAGCUGGUAGCCGGGUUAGGGAUAGCCAGGUGGAAAGCAUGGCCAGCCGUAGCAAAAUGCUUAUUGAAAUUCUCGAUUAUCAUAGAUUUAUUGGUGGUGACAGUGUUUCCUAACCUUAGUGCAGUGGGUAGCUGGGAGGAGGUGCUCUUAUUCUCCAUGGACUUUACAGUGUCCCAAAACUUUUUGGAGUUAGUGCUACAGGAUGCAAAUUUCUGUUUGAAAAAGCUAGCCUUUGCUUUCCUAACUGAUUGUGUAUAUUGGUUCCUGACUUCCCUGAAAAGUUGCAUAUGGCUGGGGCUGUUCGAAGCUAAUGCAGUACGCCACAGGAUGUUUUUGUGCUGGUCAAGGGCAGUCAAGUCUGGGGUGAACCAGGGGCUAUAUCUGUUCUUAGUUCUGAAUUUUUUGAAUGGGGCAUGCUUAUUUAAGAUGGAGAGGAAAGCACUUUUGAAGAACAUCCAGGCAUCCUCUACUGACGGAAUGAGGUCAAUAUCCAUCCAGGAUACCCGGGCCAGGUCAAUUAGAAAGGCCUGCUCGCUGAAGUGUUUUAGGGAGCGUUUGACAGUGAUGAGGGGUGGUCGUUUGACCGCGGACCCAUUAUGGACGCAGGCAAUGAGGCAGUGAUCGCUGAGAUCCUGGUUGAAGACAGCGGAGGUGUAUUUAGAGGGUAUAUUAGUCAGGAUGAUAUCUAUGAGGGUGCCCAUGUUUACGGAUUUAGGGUUGUACCUGGUAGGUUCCUUGAUAAUUUGUGUGAGAUUGAGGGCAUCUAGUUUAGAUUGUAGGAUGGCCAGGGUGUUAAGCAUAUCCCAUCUAGAUCCGGUUAUUGAUAGUGAGACUGAGCAGCCAACCAAUGAGCUGAUGUUGUCUCUGACUGGCGUGUUGUGUUCCCUCCCAGCGGAGCUGCCAGAGGAGGUUGGUGACGGGGUGGCGGUGACAGAGGAGGAGGUGAAGGCUCGCCUCUACAGCCCCCAGGAGGGGGAGUGGGGGGCUCACACACGGGACGAGGACUGUCAGAGGGUCAUCUUUGGCAUCGACGAGCUGCUUACGCUGGGUAGGUCACUGCUACCACACAGGAAUAGUUUUCAUGCUAGGAAUUCUGCAUUAAAUAGAUUGUAACUGGAAGUGAAUUUGCAUAUGGAUUGGUAUUGACUGAUGAGUGUGAUGUGUUUUGUAUGUAGACCUGGCCAAGGCUUUUGCGUCACCUGUGGACCUGCGGGACUACCCCCUCUACUGCACUGUGGUGGCCUACCCCACUGACCUCAAUACCAUCCGCAGACGGCUGGAGAACCGCUUCUACAGGUCAGUACUGACCUCUUAGCCUGCACCCCACCACACUCACACUGUAGUCAUCCCUCAAACCAACUGUAAUUGUCGCUAAUAUUCCAUUAAUCCGCUCUGCCCCAUUGUACCUCUGUGUUGGGACUUUGGUAUGUGCCAGUUUGGGGAGGUCAGUGACUCUCACUCAGCUUAUCCCCUCCGGGUGUUCCUCUCUCCUAGGCGGAUCUCGGCUCUGAUGUGGGAGGUGCGCUACAUCGAGCACAACGCCCGCACUUUCAACGAGCCCCAGAGCCCCAUCGUGGCGGCAGCCAAGGUGGUGACCGACGUGCUCCUCCGCUACAUUGGGUAAGGCGCCCCUGAGAUCAUGUUAAUAAUAAUAAUAAUAAUAAUAUGCCAUUUAGCAGAUGUUAAAAUGAAUGGUGUAGAUUUCCCCAAUGUGAAAUGGUGACUCGUAAAGAACUUGGUUUUGACUGUAAAUUUGACGAGUUGUGUGGUUUUGUCAGGGACCAGAGCUGCACAGACAUCUUGGAUCUGUACCACAAGGUGAAGACUGAGAUGAGCAGUGGAGAGGAUGAGGUGAGACAUGGAGAAAUACAUGUAUUUAAAUUGUCUUGGUGGUCUAUUAAACUGUACUAAGAGUUUGUGUCUCUGUGUUGGUGUGUAGACUGCUGAGGUGGACGUGGACUCUGACACUCCUGGGACAUCCACAGGACAACGGGUAAGGGAGUGUUUAGUAUCAAACAUGGAAUAUGCGUUGUUGUUGUUAUGACUGUGAUUCCUGUUCCCCAUUGUCUCUUUCUACCUCCUGUUUUUUUAUUUUUUUACCUAACUGGAAACCUUCCCUCUCUCCCACUUUCAGCGGGCCAAUCCCAGUCCUAAGAAGCGUGGGGUUGUGUUAGAUGUGCGUGCGUGGCGGGGCCAGUGUCGGGAGCUGCUGCGGCGUAUGAUGGACGGCCCUGACUCUGAGCCCUUCAGACAGCCUGUGGACCUCUUCACCUACCCAGUAAGGCUUGUUAUCAUUAUCACUACCACUCACAGAGAGAGAUGAUAACAUCCCCCUACAGGAUAAGUGCCUUAGGAUCUGAGUGCUUUACAAUCUGACAUGUUCCCCCACAGUGACAUGUUAAAGGUUAUGGCCCAUUUAGUCCCGUAACAAGAGAACCUGCUCCUGGACUAAAAAGCAAUGCCGAUUCUUUGAAAAUAUUUUAGGAUUAGGCUUAAUCUGUGUCUGGGAAAUCAGCCUAUUAUGUGUCAUUUCAAUCAGAGAAGCUGAUAGUCUUAUUAGUCUGACUGUAGUGGUUCAGAAUUAUUACAAACUAUCUGUCCUCAAUUCUCAGUUAAGGGGUUUCUGACGUCCUAAACACAGCACUCUCUCCCUCCUCUCCCAGGACUAUCGAGACAUCAUAGACACUCCCAUGGACCUGGGUACUGUUACAGAGGCGCUGGUCGUCGGAAACUACGAGAACCCCAUGGAGUUUGCCAAAGAUGUCCGCCUCAUAUUCAGCAACUCCAAAGCAUACACACCCAACAAGAAGUCACAGGUUAGUGUACCCAUUCUGACAAGAUUUUCAACUAUCAAGUUUUUGGGUUGAGCACUCUCCACUUCUUUCCAAGAUUCAAGGGGGGGAAAGAAAUGCGGUGGGUCUUAUCUCAACGGUUUAUAACCCCUGACCCUUGUGUUCUGUGAGAGAAUGGUCUUUUGAUCUUCAUUGUUUCAUCUCCAGAUCUACACCAUGACCCUGAGCCUAUCAGCCUUCUUUGAAAGACAAAUCAUCUCCAUCAUCUCCGACUACAAGUCUGCAGUCCAGAACCAGCGGAGGAGGAGUCGCCAGAGUGUCAGCUACCGGAAGAGGCUGAACAGUGGAGGCAGCUCCCCUCCCACCAGCCGACCCUCCAGGUACUGGCCUGGCUGGAACCCCUCUCUACAACUCUAACUUUAACCCUUACCACUGUAAUAAACCCACCUGUUAUGUACCACUCCUUGUAGGAUCUAUUUAGAUUCCACCUCAAACAAUCUGUCUUGGUGUCUUAUCUCUAGUCCUAAAGGGAAGCACAAGUCAGGGAAGAAAGCAACACCCAAAAAAUCCCAGACCUCAUCCAAGAGCCGAUCUCGCAGGCCAUCUCAAGGUAACAGUCUUGUCGUGUAUGUUUGUGUCUGUGUGGCUGUAUGUGUUAGAGGUGUGAAAUGCUUGAUGCGAUGGGAGGUAGGGUGGUAACGUGAGGUGCUGCUGUUGCAGCGUCGGAGUCAAGCAGCGUGGUGGUGGAUGAGGACAGCCAGCCCUCGUCCUCCUCCAGCUCCGGGACAGGCAGCCACAGUGGGGACCCAGGGGCCGACCGUGUCACCCGCAGCCGGACCACACCCGUCAAGAACUCUGGUAUUACUACACAGGGUAACCAACACCAACAGGCAGUGGCUAAAUAGUCCUUCAUAGAGGUGUUUCACCAAGCUAUCUAGACAAAUGUAUGAUUUUCCCAACUACUUGAAUGUUUGAAGUCAGCCUGGUUAAAUCGCAGCAGUUAAUGGCAUCAUUUAUAUGUUUUUCAAUGCUGCCAAAAUCACACAAUCAGAAAGGGUUAUCAUGGGGGCCUCCUGAGUGGUGCAGUGGUCUAAGGCACCUCAUCGCUAGCUGUGCCACUAGAGAUCCUGGUUAGAUUCCAGGCUCUGUCACAGCCGGCUCCGUCCGGGAGACCCAUGGGGUGGCGCACAAUUGGCCCAGCUUCGUCCAGGUUAGGGGAGGGUUUGGCCGGCAGGAGUAUUCUUGUCCCAUCGCGCACUAGCGACUCCUGUGGCGGGCCGGACGCAGUGCACGCUGACAGUGUUUCCUCCGACACAUUGGUACGGCUGGCUUCCGGGUUAAGCGGGCAUUGUGUCAAGAAGCAGUGCGGCUCGGCUGGGUUGUGUUUCGGAGGACGCACGGCUCUCGACCUUCGGCUCCUGAGUCCGUACGGGAGUUGCAGCGAUGGGACAAAACUGUAACUAUCAAUUGGAUACCACGAAAUCGGGGAGGAAAAAGGGCUAAAAAAAAGUACAAUAAAAAAAUAGAAAGGCUUACCAUGUAAGCCUACUUGGUAGCUGUUGCUGUGCUAUGUUUAACAGGGAGACUGUGUGUGUGUCUCUCCAGAGCGUAACAGACCUCUCACCAACGGUGCCAGACAGAGCCACCGGCGACGAGUGCUGCAGGAGGGGGAGGAGUCUGGAGGAUCCAACAGCUCCUCCUCUUCAUCAUCGUCUUCCUCAUCAUCGUCCUCCUCCUCAUCAGACAGUGAGUCGGACAGUGAGUCGGAGGUUGGGAAGUUUGUGGAGGGGGGAGAUCACGACUACAGCAAAGCUCCCCGCUUAAAGACCCGCCACAAAGCCAAGGGCAAGAUGGCCGUUUCUGGGAAGAGGAGGCGGAAAGAAGAAGAGGAAGAGGAGGAGGAGGCUCCAGAGAAAGCCAAGAGAGCACGAGUCCAGGCAGAGGAUGAGGAAGAGGAGGAUGAAGAAGAUGAACAAGAUGAAGAGGAGGAGGAGGAAGAAGAGGAGGAGCCACAGCCGCAACAGCAGCGAGAGGAGGGAGGGGAGGAGGAUGAUGACGAGGAGGAGCCUGAGGAGGAAGAGGAGCCUGAGGAAAAGGAGGAAUCGGAGGAGGACGACUCUGAGCAGGGUGAGGGUGGGGCGGAGGGCGGUCAGAAAAGCAGCAGCCGCAGUAAAUCUGGUCAGGUGAACACCCGGAACCAGGGCCGCAGGACAGUGUUGUACAACGACGAGUCAGACGAAGAGUCGGGGACCACAGAGGACCCCCUCAACCUAGGCAUGUCCCGCUCAGGACGGGUACGCCGCAUGACCGAAAAGGCCCGGGUCAGCCACCUCAUGGGCUGGAACCACUGA